CCGCUGGACACUCCUCAGCUCCCCGACACCCGCCGGGGCUGCCCCCGAGGUGCUCCGGGCCGGCGAGGGGGUGGACCCCGACAGGGCUUCCUCUCCACACCCCGGAGGCCGCUGCUGUGACCUGAGUCCGACUCUAAAGAGAAGGAAAACGCAAACAGGCACGAAAGGAAUCCGGGCUGAGUUGGAUUAUGCAGCAUUGUACAGAGCAAAAAAGUCACAGGCAUAAAGGAGUGAAUUCAGCCAUCUGCAAAGGGGAGGAUGUUCUUGGGAGUCCAGAUGUGUUCCUGGGGCUUGAGCAGGAAUUGGUCUGACAGUGACAGUUUGGUUGGGGCUGAUAACUAGGAGGCUACUGAUAAACACCAAAGAGGGGACAAAGUCUUCAGCUGCAAUUGGCCUGGAAUGCUGCUUCGCCAAGCAAAUGUAUCUAAUCUGAUCUCUACAAUCUGCAGGAGAAGAGACAGGUCUUGUUCCUUAACAAGACCACAAUCUGAUCCCAAAGAUGUGCUCCGCAAACCCAGGCAACUGGGUCACCUUUGAUGAUGAUCCUACUUUGCAGUCUUCUCAAAAGUCAAAGGUUUUGCCUCUGGAGAAUCAAGGUGUCUGUAGGCCAAAUGGACUUAAACUGAACCUUUCUGGCCUCAAGGAAUUUCCCAGUGGACCUUCCUCUACCAGCAGCACCCCUCUCUCCUCUCCCAUCUUAGACCUUUACUUCAGUCCAGGACCUCCAAGUAACUCCCCUCUUUCUACACCUACCAAAGACUUCCCAGGUUUUCCUGGCAUCCCCAAAGCAGGCACUCAUGUGCUUUAUCCUAUUCCGGAGUCAUCUUCAAACAUCCCACUCACGACACUGGCAGCAGGUUCCUCUUCACUGCCUACUAAACCGACCUGCUUAUCCCAAGCUUCCUUACCCAGUGGCCACCCAUGUACUUAUCCAGCUCCCAAAGUAGGUCUUCCAGAUGAAACCAGGUCUCACCAGGCUGAAAGCCUGGGGUUCCAAAGUGAUAAUGCCCCCCGGUUUCAGUAUUUUCAGGAGGACUGUGCUUUUUCAAGUCCAUUUUGGAAAGGUGAAGGCAGUGUUUCCCAGUUCACCUUUGACCCCCCAGGAAGCAGAAAGAUAUUCUCAUCAAGAGACAAGGAGAUACUUAUUGAUCAAAAAAGUCUAAAUAAAUGUUCACUUAACUAUAUCUGUGAGAAGCUUGAACAUCUCCAGUCGACUGAGAACCAAGACUCACCCGGAAGUCUGUCUCUGCGACGUGUGUGUGCUCAAAACACGGCUUCUUCCUUUGUGCCCCGUGCGCUCUUCAGGAGUCAGCCCAAAGCUGGAUGGUCUUUCAUGCUGAGAAUUCCUGAGAAGAAGAACAUGAUGUCUUCCCGGCAAUGGGGUCCCAUUUUUCUGAAAGUUUUACCUGGAGGAAUUUUACAAAUGUAUUACGAGCAGGGAUUAGAGAAACCAUUUAAAGAAUUACAACUUGAUCCACAUUGUAGACUUUCUGAGCCCAAAGUGGAGAACUUUAGUGUAACAGGGAAAAUCCAUACUGUGAAGAUCGAACACAUAUCCUACACAGAAAAAAGGAAAUACCAUUCAAAGACAGAAGUCGUUCAUGAGCCAGACUCAGAACAGAUGCUGAAGUUAGGGUCCACAGAGUACCAUGACUUCCUUGACUUUCUGACUACUAUGGAGGAAGAGCUGGUGAAGCUGCCAGCUGUUUCCAAGCCAAAAAAGAGUUAUGAGGAGCAGGAAAUUUCCUUGGAAAUUGUGGACAACUUCUGGGGUAAAGUAACAAAAGAAGAAGGAAAAUUGGUUGAAAGUGCUGUGAUAACUCAGAUCUACUGCCUCUGCUUUGUGAAUAGGAACAUGGAAUGCUUUUUAACCUUGAAUGACCUUGAGCUGCAGAAGCAAGAUGCAUGUUAUUUUGAAAAAGACCCAGAAAAGAAGGGGAUUGAUAUUCUUGACUAUCAUUUUCACAAGUGUGUGAAAGUACAAGAAUUUGAGCAAUCAAGAAUCAUCAAGUUUGUGCCCCUGGAUGCCUGCCGCUUUGAGCUGAUGCGUUUUAAGACUUUGUAUAAUGGGGACAAUCUUCCCUUUUCUGUGAAGUCUGUAGUGGUCAUUCAUGGGGCAUAUGUGGAACUCCAAGCCUUCAUCAACAUGGUACCAUUGGCUCAAAGGCCAUCCCAUGAGGGUUCUUUAAGGUCCUGUGACAAUAUAAUGAUACAUUUUCCUGUCCCAUCACAGUGGAUCAAGGCCCUCUGGACCAUGAACCUCCAGAGGCAGAAGUCACUGAAAGCCAAAAUGAACCGCCGGGCAUGUUUGGGGAGUUUGCACGAGCCUGAGGCUGACCCUGUCAUUCAGGUCACCGUGGGGUCAGCAAAGUAUGAGAGUGCCUACCGGGCGGUGGUAUGGAAGAUAGACCGGCUUCCAGAUAAAAAUUCAAGUCUUGAUCAUCCCCAUUGUCUGUCUUACAAACUAGAACUUGGAUCAGACCAAGAAAUUCCUUCUGAUUGGUAUCCAUUUGCUACUAUUCAGUUUUCAAUGCUUGACAGCUGUGCCUCAAGGGCCUCCGUCAGGUCUCUGGGGGUGGAGAGUGAUGUCCAGCCGCUGAAGCAUGUUCAGCAGCGGGCUUGCUACAACCUCCAGGUUGAAAUAGAAAAGAAGUGGAUUAAAAUCGACGGAGAAGAUCCAGAUAAAGUUGGUGACUGUGUAACUCAGUAGGAGUAGCAUGAGUAAAUGAUGAUGACUCACUUGUCAAAUUUGUAAUUCACAGAAACCACAUCAAGUUCGCUCCUGUAUAGUGCAAAUGACUUCUGAAGAGCGAGUGGGCUUAGGACAGGUCCCGUGGCUGUGUUUAGAGAAGUUUAGAACUAAAACCAAACAAUUUAUAUUUUAUGCUUUUGAUAUGUUCUUGCCCUAGAGGUUUUAUCUAAGAAUGUGUCUAUAAUCUGUGUGAUGUUUUGCUUUAUAUUUAUAAAACUCAACUUAAAGGCACUGUUGUUUGUCGUACAACCUUACAGCCCAGUUUGGCUAAAGGGCUUUUGAUUUUUGGUUACUCGGUGGGUGACUCUUUUGCACCCUGGAUCCCUAGAUGCUGUGUUCAUUAUUCCCAUCUCUUCUUGCUGUGUUAGCACCUAUACUAGAGAGUAAAGCAAUCAAAGGAGACGUUAACCAAAAUAAUUACUUUUCCCUCUUGCUCACUUGUGAGCAAAUGUGACUAGGUAUAGACUGAUGUGGAAACCACAAGCUAAAAUAGACAUCUAGUUUUGAAUUAUUUAUCUUCCUGUCCUCCUAUCACGUUGGUAAGCAAUCACUGUCUGUAUUUGGUACCUGUCUUUUCCCCACUGUAUUAUCAUUUUCAAAAUAUGUUUGUAUUCGGUUGUGUGCUACGAAGAAGUUGACAUACAUAUUUUAGUACAAGGUUAUUUCCUUUGCUUGGCAGGAUUUCUUUCAAAAUGGAAUCUGAGUAGUGGACACUAGUUAAGACAAUUAUAUACAUUAAAGAUGAAUUUUUAAGGUUCGUGAAUAUUGUUUUCCAAAAGUAUAGACUCUAAAAAUGUGUUUCGAUAAAGUAUUAUUUGUAAUGAAUACAAGCCUCUCUUGAGUAGAAGUUUAAAUAGUUUUAUGAUUAGUUUAUACUAGUUCUGCUACCAUGCUAUUUUACUAUAAUUCUGCUUAACUUAGAGUCUUUUUCUUUAAAAGAUGAGCAAACUGAAAGACUCUAGAUUAUUUUACUUACAUUUCUAAGAGGCAACAUUUUCAUUCUUCAGAGUCAGGGAAGUGAGUAUAAUAGUUGGGUUUCUAAUGAAAGGUCAAUGGCAUUAGCAGUCAUAAUGCUUUUUAAAUUUCCUUUUAGUAUGUACAGUGAAAAGUCAGAAUCUUAAAAUUUAUGAAAUCCAUAUUCUAGGUAGUUUUUAGUCUGAAAAAUAAACUCAUCCAUAUAAUAUUGUCUGUAUUUGGUACCUGUCUUUCCCCCACUGUAUUAUCAUUUUCAAAAUAUGUUUGUAUUCUGUGGUAUUAAUACACCUUCAAUUUAUGUUGAAUCUUAAAUAUGAUUAGGAGAUAUUUCUCUCUAUUUGCCAGAUUUGUUUUGAGUCAAAACUGAUAUAAUGUUCCUCCAAAUAACAUUUAUUUGUUGGCUUACAGAAUUUAUUUCCUACUUUUAAAAAAUGUUGUAUUACAUGCAUUUUAAACUAUCUAAAAAUGGAUUAAAACAAACAUUUAUGAUGGUCUGUAUCAAUCAGCAGAUUUUAUUGCUUUUCAUUAUUUUAUUGUUAAGGGGAAGAAUGCAAAACUUGAUGGUUAAAAUGAAGUGGUAUUGCUCUUUUUAACCUCACUUGACGCAUUGCUCAUAAUGUCAUAUGCUUCAGAUUCACUGUUGAUGUAUAGGAGGGCAAACGUGUGUGUAUGUGUAUGUGUCAUUUUUUGAAAAUUCCACCAUCUUUCCUUAUCAUCUGGUGUGGGCACAGUCUGGAGCGACUUCAAUCUGCUCAGAAUACAGACGGAGGCGGCUGAAUGUGAGGCUGCAGCACAAUCCCAGUGAAGUUAGCUGGCUUAAUUACCGCCAUUCCCUUCUGAGUGUGUUUUAUGGCAUCCUGCCCAUAAAGAACUCACAGUCUGAUUCAGACGAACUUAAUGAAUAUUUACACCUCAAAAUAAAUUCAGCAACAUGUUCAGUUAAUUGCCCCUCAGGUUUCACGAGUUGACUAGUAUCUGUGGGUCCCCCCCCCCCGCCCCCCAGGUCAUUUACCCAUAAGCCACCCAGCCUUCAGGAGCAUCUCAAGAUUCAAUGUGGAAAAUGUAAUAACAAAAGACUGAGAGCUCAAAUGGAUUUCUGCAGCAAUGCAAAGGUUGAUAGCAAUAACAGCAGGGUGCUACUGCAUAAUUGGUAAUUCACACAUCUAUUAGGAUCCUUAAGUAUUCAUUGCUUAGUAUUAAAUUAACAUUCUGUAUAGAGAGAAGAGGCUUUUAAAUACAAUUCCUCUGAACUCAGAAGUGGCAGGAGGUCAAAUAUGGCUACAGAGCUGCAAGUGAAAAAUCAGGGAGGAUCCAUUUAGACUUAGAAAUUGAGAAGUAGAAUCUCCUUUGCCAGAGAUUGUGAUCUUAAGAAACUCCUACUUUUGAGGGAGGGAAGGGAAGAAAGGGAGGAAAGGAGGAAAUACUCUGUUUCUAGCAUUUUCACUUAGCUCAUGCUUUUAUAAGGUUGACUAUUUUACAGUCAAGAGGUGAUCAGGUUACAGGAUCAUAUUAACUCUGUAAAUGAAUUUGUGGGUUGAUUGUUACAUGAUCAAUUGUGCACAUCUGAGUUUAUGGACGUUUCCUUUUCCUAUGGGAAUUACAACCAAUUACCCAUUAAAAAAGGUAUGAAACAAGAAUAGUUUCUAGCACAUAAAGGCUGGAAUUUUUGAUGUGUUGUAUGUAUUAGACUGUUCUAGGAUGUUAGUUCCCUUCACUCUGGAUCUGUGCUGAUGAUACAGCCUCAUUUACUACAAAUUCAGUUAGAAGGUCUUCCUUAACAAUAUUAUAAUGUUUUCCUCAAAAUAUGAUUUUAUGUUCCAUCAAUACAAAUAUGAAACAGAUUUAGCCUUAAUAAUCAUGUAACAAAAUAUUUUGUGGAUUACAUACUGAUUUUUCUAAAAUUAAAGAUGUAAUUUAAAUGAUA